AUGGAUGGACAGAAGAAACAAAACAGAGAGCCAACUGAGUGCCAGAAAAUGGAGCAUCAGGAGGAUAAGUCCUGCAUCCUGAGCACCAAGAGUUUUAGCCAAACUCCAAUUGUGAGAUUUAGACCAAAAGCUGUCACUGGAGAGCCAUGUCCUCACGAGGUGGGGGAACGUUACCACCUUUCAUAUAAGAUGGGAAUUGGAGCAUGUCGCCUGAUCCAAGACAUUCUGUCCGCUCAUGGGUUCCAGGAGGCUGAAGCCACCAGCAGAAACUUCAAUGUGCUGUGGACAGGGCCCCUCCAGAAACAAAGUCUCGUAACGAACCUUUCCAGCUUUCAGCGAAUUAAUCACUUCCCCAAAUCAAAUGCCCUGGGCCACAAGGAUCAACUGUACAAAAAUCUUCAAAAGCUGAAGAAAAAACACAGGAACCACAGUUUCGACUUCCUGCCUGAGAGCUAUGUGCUUCCUGGCCAGUACCGGGAAUUCUGCAAAGCUUUAUUAAAAGAUCGAGGUACUUGGAUUACAAAACCAGUGUCUUCAUGUGAAGGCCGUGGAAUAAACCUUAUUAGAAACCCACCUAAAAUGAUUGGGAAAGAUAAGAUCUUGGUCUCCAAAUAUAUCAGUAACCCCCUCCUCAUAGAUGGGUAUAAAUUUGAUCUCCGCCUCUACGUGCUGGUGACAUGCUAUGAUCCUUUAAUUAUUUAUUUAUAUAAGGAAGGAAUCACCAGGUUUGCCACGGAAAAGUAUGAACUGACAGAAAAGACCUUGAGCAACAGGUUUAUGCAUUUAACCAACUACAGCGUAAACAAAGAGAGCGCAUCUUUUGUCAGAAGUCAGAAUCCAGAUGUUGAAGACUGUGGCAGCCAAUGGAGCUUCAGUGCUCUGUUGCGUUACUUAAAGAAGAACGGUAAGGACACAGCAACCCUCACCUCCAAAAUAGAGGAUCUUGUCAUCAAGGCAAUUAUAUCCGCAGAGGAAACAAUUACCACGUCAUGCAGAUAUACACUUCCUCACAAAAGAAACUGUUUCGAACUCUAUGGCUUUGAUGUAUUGAUCGAUGAGAACCUGAGUCCCUGGCUAAUGGAGGUUAACACGUCUCCAUCUGUAACUUGUGACGAUUUACUCAAUUUAAAAAUCAAGAGCAAUCUGGUUGCAGAUAUGCUUUCUUUAGUCGGUGUGGAGUGUAAGAAUCCACUGGAGAAAAAAGAUAAAUUGACCUUAGCUAACGCAUACGAUGAGGAGAUCUUUCAUUGGGUUAAAGACAAGGAGGAAGAGAGGAGAGGGGGGUUUGUAAGGCUAUUCCCCAGGAAAGACACAUGGCAGCGCUAUGGUCCUUUACUGACAUACAAGGUCAUGAAUAAAGCCUUGUCUAAACAUCUUUAUGAAAAAAAGCCUGCAAUGUAUGGAAAGAGCAGCAGUGGACCCCGUCAGAAUAUAGAGGUGUAUGAAGCAAAGCUGCCUCCUCUAACCCAAAACAUGAUAGAAUACCAGGAGAAGACAAACAAGUUAGUCGAAAUUUCAAAGACACUUAAGAAGAAUGCUGUAAAAGCUGUCCCAGUGUUAGUAAACAGAAGACCAAAACUUGAAAAACCAUCUUGUCACAGUGGAAGGGACAAAUUCCCAGAGCCAGGGAGCGGGAGAGAUAGAAAAAAAUUAGAAAUAUCUUUCCACAGUGGAAGGGCAGCUGUCCCAGAGGUAGGGGGCAAGAGAUCAGGAAAAAAUGUGGAAACAGCUCGCUGCAGUGGAAAGAAAGUUGCCCAGGAGGUGAGGAGCAGGAGACCAGGAAAUAGUGCUGUAACAUCUCUUUGCAGUGGAAAAGAAGCUAUUCCAAAGAUUGGGAGCAGAAGUACCGGAAAGGUUGUGGAAAAAUCUUGCCGCAAAGGAAGUGAAGUUGUCCCAGAGAUAAGGAAUAGGAAACCAGGAAAUAUUGCGGAAACAUAUCACCGCAGCAGUAGGGAAGCUCUCCCGAAGGUGGAAAAGAGGAGGCCUGGAAAUAUUUUGAAAACAUGUCAUCAAAGUGGAAGGGAAACUGGCCAGGAGUUGAAAAGCGGAAGACCAGCUGGUUCAAAGACUAAUGUUUUGGAGGCAUGCCUUGUCUCAGUCAGUAGUGUAAAAGAACCAACAAUGAUUGAGAGCGACAAGACAGAAUGUUUGUGGCAACAAAACGAGGCACUUAAAAAACGUUCCCAACAUAUUAAGGACAUAUGUGAUGGCUUUUCAUCUUAUUACAAACAGGCAUUCUUGGAAUAA